UUGUUUUUUGCCGUUGUCACCAGAUGGUUAUCAGUCACCACCACUGACAGUUUUAAUAGUUUUGUCAUCUUUAAUAAAUAACUUUCAAAGUAGACAAAAAGAAAAUGUUAGGUAAAGAAUUGCUUUUAGUCCCGUUAUUAUUACCGAUUUUUAUUAAUUCAAUUAUUGCUACGAAUGAAAGCAAUGAAGAAAUUGAAAUACAUCGGUUGUAUACAAUUGAAGGAAAGGUGUACCCUCCGGAUGUCUUGUUUAGUCGUCCAAAUUGGCAAGCCAAUACACGAAUAAUUGUUAAUGGAGGGGAAUAUAUUGGUUUUGUUAAAGAAGAUGGAAGCUUUGUCAUUCAUAAUAUUCCUUCUGGUUCAUACAUUUUGGAAGUUUUAAAUUCUGAAUACACUUAUGAACCUGUCAGGGUAGAAAUAAACACAAAGGGAAAAUUCCGUGCUAGAAAAGUUAAUCAUGUUCAGACAUCUUUAGUGAUUCAACUACCAUAUCCAUUGAAAUUGAAGCCAAUUGGAAGAACAAAAUAUUUUCAAAUAAGAGAACAAUGGAGAAUAACCGAUUUCUUAUUUAGUCCAAUGGUAUUGAUGAUGGUUUUGCCUCUUGUGUUUCUUAUGGUUUUGCCCAAAAUGUUGAAUGACCCAGAAACUAGGAAAGAACUUGAACAAGUGCAAAGUUUAACUAAGUUUGAAAUGCCUGAAAUGACGGAUCUGGUAUCAAACUUUUUGGCUGGACAGGGUCAACAUCAAACAAAAAAAACCAGUAAAAGUAGUAAAAAAAGGCAGUAGUUGCUAUAUUUAUUCUUGUGAGCUAUUAAGGGUAUUUUUUUUCUUGUAAAGUGUAUUAUACAUUAUUUUUAUUUAAAUACGUUU